CUGGUUUUCCUGGUAUUUGCGUUUUCCAAGAAUGGGUUUAAAAGUCUUGUAAAUAACUCGACAUACAAUGUCCUUAACAACGAUCACUGUACUCUUUACUGCAAUUGUUACAGAUAGCAUCUUUACGGUAUCAGGAAACAAACAGUUUCUCUCCUAUCCCAGCGAUAACAUUUCAAUACAAAAAGGCAGAAACUUAGAUCUUAUUUGGAAAUAUAAAUUGCCACCGAACCAAGAUCCUGAAGAGAUGUCGUUUGGUAUAUGCACUCGCCGAGGAGGAAUAAUAAACAAGAGACUAGUGAAUAUAAAGGCGACAGAUGAGGUGAGGGUUUCUUCUCAAGGCCGUUUUACAUACAAAGGACGCUUAUCGAACUCUGGAUACGUACAAAUCACUCUACACAAAGUGACUCUUGAUGACGCGAGAUUGUAUGGCAUUCAAAUAUUCAUCAAAAUGUCACGUGUUGACUACUUUGUUCCAUUGACUGACUACUUCAGACUAUCAGUUUACGAAUUACCACGAAUUACACACAUAACCAAGAACAUAACAGUAAACGAGGGAACACUCGUAAAGUUAACAUGUCGAUCCCUUGGACACCCCAAACCAACUAUCACGUGGUACCGUCACAGUCACUCUAUGAAAGAGUCAGAAAACCUUUCACUAAAUGUUGGAUUGGAUAGCCAGGGAAUGUAUGUUUGUAAAGCCGUGAAUCGCUAUGGAUCCGACCAACGAGAAGUUAUCAUAGCGGUUAAAACUGAUGUUGAAGAAAACACUACAAAACCCACAACAAUUACAACACCUUCGAAAAAAGUUUCCACUGGAUCAGACUUUUUUAACGACACAACGUCAAAAAGUGUAACUCGUACAACGUUGAAAAGCGUAACUCGUCCAGUUUCAAAGAAUGUAACUCACGGGACGUCAAAGAGUUUGACUCGUGUAUUGUCAAAGAGUGUAACUCGUGCGGCGUCAAAGAGUUCAACUCAUUUAGUGUCAAAGAAUGUCACUCUUGCAGUGUCAAAGAAUAUAACAGCAAAGAGUCCUCAGCUAUUGAUAUACAUUAUCAUCUUGGGUGUGGUGACUGCUGUAGCAGCUUUUGUGAUUGCUAUGGUUACCGUCAAACUUUGCACAAGAAAAAAACGAAAAAGAAAAGUCAAGAGCAAGAGAAUCAGCUCAAUACAGAAAUCUAUGAAAGACGAAGAUGAGUCCACGGAGCAAAACGACACGGAUGAGUGUGAUCCUACGUCAUUCCCUGUAAGUCUAGAUGUCAUCGAGGGAGUUAGUCACUUUAGACAGUUUGAGCUUCCUUGUAUUAUUCAUCAUUCAUUAACACCUGGCAUGAUAUCAUUUGGACACACUACUGAAAGACAGCCAUCUCUACCACAUGUGGGAAUGUCACGUGAUAUGACAUCUUCUGCUGACGAUGGGGAAAAUAAAAUUCAUUUAUACGAAGAUAUAGAAUCCAUGGGAUCCCGUGUUACACACCAGGCCGCCGUAGGGGAGAACGUUCAGAAAAAAACGAGGAGACUGAAACCAAGUGAUGAACCUUCUAAAGAUGCUUCUGAUAUUAUGGCAACAUGUAGCGGUAUGGCUAAGGGAAUCUCUAAUUCCCAUUCCUUCUCGGCAAAAGAUAUCUCAGACAAUUCUGGGUACUGGGACAAAGCAAAACUGUCCAGGAAACGUUUACCACAGCCAACACCAAGUGAGGACGAGUCUAGGCUAUAUUCCAAACUAUGGGGAAGACAAACUGUUACUGAGUGUGAAAAGAUAUCAAAAGAUAUCUCAGGCAAUUCUGGGUACUGGGACAAAGCAAAAAUGGCCAGAAUGUGUUCACCACAGGCAACACCAAGUGAGGACGAGUCUAGGAUAUAUUCCAAACUAUACAGAAAACAAAUUGUCACUGAGUGUGAAAUUCCUCCUGCUAAUGUGAAGCUACUGAUGAGGAUUGGAUCGGGUUCGUUUGGUCAAGUAUGGAAAGGAUCGAUAUGCGGGAAGGCUGUUGCUGUCAAAAUGCUGAAUGCGGACGCGUCGCCAUUAGAUAAAAAAGACUUGCUUUCUGAACUUGAAGUGAUGAAGUCAUUAAAAACUCACCCGAAUGUUGUCAAACUCAAGGGAUGCAUCACUACUUCAGCUGUAAAGUGUAAUGGAGCGACAUUCUACCCUCCGAUGGUGUUCUUAGAGCUUGUCCCAUACGGUGAUCUACUUGGUUACCUCAGAAAAGGGCGAGGUGAAGACGACACGUACUACAACAGUAGAGAAAUCAAAAGCCCUAAAGUCAUCGAUGCAAAGCAGCUGUUCAGCUUCUCUCUUGAUGUGGCAAGAGGAAUGGACUUCCUCUCUGAGAACAAGAUUGUCCAUCGAGACCUUGCUGCAAGGAACGUUCUUGUWGGUGAUAAACUUCGCUGUAAAAUCACCGAUUUUGGAAUGGCAAGAGUACUGAAUAACCAAGACAUUUACACUAAAAGAACAAAUGGCCUGUUGCCUGUGAAAUGGAUGUCACUAGAAUCUCUUCUCUAUCAGAAAUACACAACGAAGAGUGACGUCUGGAGUUUUGGAGUUGUUCUCUAUGAAAUAUUCACAUUAGGUGGUCGACCAUAUGCUGAUAUGAGAGGAAUUGAAGUCCUUGAGAUGAUCAAAAGUGGUAAACGGCUUUCAAAACCACCGCAUAUUUGUGACAAACUGUUGUCGUCAACACUUUUGUUUGUGCUUCACUUGGUUUCCAGCUGGAGUUUUGGAGUUGUUCUCUAUGAAAUAUUCACAUUAGGUGGUCGACCAUAUGCUGAUAUGAGAGGAAUUGAAGUCCUUGAGAUGAUCAAAAGUGGUAAACGGCUUUCAAAACCACCGCAUAUUUGUGACAAACUGUACACUCUAAUGCUUCAAUGUUGGUCUGCUAAUCCUUCCCGUCGUCCUUCGUUUUCGUCACUGUCCAACAAUAUGGCGCACUUAGCCAAGGACACUCAGAAACUCGUUAAUCUAAAGGAGUACAAUCAACAUUUGUAUGCCAAUAUUAGCACACUUGAACGACCGACCGUGGACGAUUUAUAGAAAGCUUCGAUACGACCGACCGUGGACGAUCUAUAGAUUUAUACGACCGAAGGGCUCAUUUAGUCUUUGUACCAGUAUAAGUUAGUCUUAUAUCCAAGAUGAAAAAAUCGUACUUUAUGUUUCAUCCAAGCAGCUUUGUUUGAACAUAGCAAGGCUCCUUCCUAAUCAGCGGGAUGCAGCUCCACGUACGAAGGGAUCUCGAAAAACGAAGGCUCACACCCAACAUGAAUUUAAUUACGAAAAACCAAUAAUCAAACAAAAGACUACAAUAUCACAAUUUUUUCAGCUACCUCAUGAUCUCAAAAUUGUAACAAAAUUGGGUCCUCAUCCGCUGGCAUUAAGUUAAAAAGCCGCUAGCUGGCCUGGUCAACCUUUGAUGUGGGCUGUCGAUAACAGGAUGGAAGGUUAUGCUUAUUGAAACACAUCAGAACUAGCAAAAUCAGAUCCUCUACAUAUUUAUAUCAAUGAUGAAUUAAUCGAACAGUCCGUGUGUGAAAAAUUAUUACUGGGUAUUUACAUCGAUUCUUCUUUACGUGGAACGAGCACUGCACGGAUCAGAAAACUUGUUAAGAAAUUUAACACUAAAUUGGAGCUCAUCAGACAGGCAAGACCAUAUAGAGUCUAGGAAUAUUGUUGUUCUGUUUGUGGAAACUGCACAAAGACUUUUGUUAGCCCAGAAACGAGGUGCAAGGCUUCUGCUGAAUGUUGACGUAAUAGACCUUUUCUGAAAUGCAAAUUCAUGGUGCAUUGUGGUCUAGCUUCAGUUCAAACAACACCAUAUUUGGCAGAGCGAACAAAAGAUGUUUGUACUGAGUCUAGACCACAAUGAAAUUCAAACUGCUAUCUCAGAAAAGGCCCAUGUCGCCCUCCUUACCGUUUUUCCAACUCCCAAUUUCUGAUGUUAUCAUAUUACGUAUGCUGAUACUGAUGCAUCAAUGCUUAAUUGGAAAAGGGUUCAAUUAUAGCUCAAAUCUGGGAACUAGCAAAACCAAACUCUUUGCUACCAAGGAACUUGAGAUUCAAAGACUAACUUUAAUCUCUAAUUGGACUUUUGUGCUUCCCGUAUGGGCCAGAUUGGAAAAAAGAUUUCCUUUAUUACCCAAUAACGAUUUCACAUCAAAUUUACAUCAUUUUAGACAUUUACAUUGUAAUAUGUGCCAGUUUGUCACGUGACUUCUACGUUAUUUCAUCUCUUAGAAUCAGUUGUAGCUUGACAUAGCAGGAAUAACAAGACUCAGCGCUUAGAUUUAACCAAUUAUUACGUACAUAAUAUUUUCAUCAAAUUUACAACCUUUUAAAGUGCGCGAUUUUUUCGAUUGUCAAGUUUUAUUAUUGUUAUUUUUUUAUCAUCAUUAUCACCAUAAAAUAACACAAGAGCGGUCUGG